UUCUUCUCCCUUCUCUUUUUCAGUGUCCUGGGUCAUGAAACUUAAUCCACAGCAAGCUCCAUUAUAUGGCGACUGUGUUGUUACUGUAUUGCUCGCUGAAGAGGACAAAGUUGAGGAUGAUGUAGUGUUUUACUUGGUGUUUUUGGGUUCUACCCUCCAUCACUGUACAAGUACCCGGAAGGUCAGCUCUGAUACGCUGGAGACCAUUACUCCUGGUCACGACUGCUGUGAGACAGUGAAGGUGCUGCUAUGUGCUUCCAAAGAGGGCCUCCCCGUGUUUGUGGUGGCGGAAGAAGACUUUGAGUUCGUCCAGGACGAGGCGUAUGAUGCAGCCCAGUUCCUGGCCACCAGCGCUGGGAACCAGCAGGCGCUGAACUUCACCCGCUUUCUUGAUCGGUCAGGACCCCCGUCUACGGAUGUGAAUUCCCUUGAUGAGAAGGUGGCCCUCGCUUUCCGACACCUGAAGCUGCCGGCGGAGUGGAAUGUGUUGGGGACCAAUCAGACUUUGCGUGAUGGCGGCCCCCGGGAGACACUGAUGCAUUUUGCCGUGCGGCUGGGCCUGCUGAGGCUCACGUGGCUCCUGUUGCAGAAGCCAGGUGGCCGAGGAGCGCUCAGCAUCCACAACCAGGAAGGAGCGACACCUGCCAGCUUGGCCUUGCAGCGGGGUUAUCACAAGUUGCACAAGCUCCUGACCGAGUAAAAUGCUUGGAGA